UGUGAAUGUGUUGUAGGUUGAAAUCUUAAAUUUUGAUCGCUUUUAAAGAUUUUUAUAUUUGUUUUAAUGUUUUAAAUAUAAGUGUUAAUUUUAAUAGUAAUUAAUACCCAGUAACACUUUUCACCCAAGGACAUAUAACACAGAAACAACUUGGUCCGCGCCAUGUGUCCGAUAUGGCCGCUCCACAUCGUGAUCCUAUACAUUCUGGCACUAUGCCCCAUCUGGGUGAUGUGCCAGUCGGCUCCCAACCUGCUCGCCACAUUCAAGCCCAACAAUCUUUCCCUGCACAUGGAAUAUUAUGAUUUCAUCGAUGUUGAAGUUAAAGGUGAUGGGUUACAGCCAGCCGACGAGUUUCAGAUAAAGUCCAGGAAUCGUCACGUGGCUUAUGGAGAUUGGAAUUCAACAUAUAGAGUUGACGAGGCUGCAUCUAAUUGGAAAGGACGGUUUCAAGUCACCGCUGAGUUUCUUGGUCGCACUGAUCUAUACUUGGAAGUGAAGCGUGGCACUACAGAGUUCCCGGUGAAUGGAACUCUACCUGUCACUGUGUUAAGACCUCAACGAGUCAUUGACACUAUAUUUACCACCAGUGUUGCCUUAUUCGUGUCGUUAAUAUUUAUAAACUUCGGUUGUGCGAUGGAUUGGCCGACAGUGAAAGAUGUUAUCCGCAGACCUAUCGGCCCACUCAUCGGUCUUUGCGGACAGUUCCUAUUUAUGCCACUGAUGUGUUUUGGUCUGGGCUUCUUGAUCUUCCCCACUCUGCCGGAGAUGCAUCUCGGCAUGUUCUGUACUGGUGUGGCUCCAGGAGGAGGUGCCUCCAACAUCUGGACCUUCGUGCUCGGUGGAAACCUCAACCUCUCUCUGGCCAUGACCACUAUAUCUACGUUAUCCGCUUUUGGAUUCAUGCCACUCUGGUUAUUCUCAUUGGGUCAGUUGUUAUUCCGUAACGCGAACAUAGCGGUGCCAUAUCAACACAUUGGUAUGUUUGUGGUGGGCCUGGUGGUGCCCCUGGCGAUAGGUCUCGCUAUGCAGAAGUUCACGCCGCGUCUCUCCGCAUUCAUGGUGCGGAUAUUGAAGGGAUUCUCCACUCUGUUGCUGCUGUUUAUAAUUGUCUUCGCAAUUAUUACUAAUUUGUACAUCUUCGAGUUGUUCACUUGGGAGAUAGUAGUAGCGGGUAUGGGGGUGCCGUGGCUCGGCUAUAUCUUCGGAUACUUGGCGGGGCGCGUGUGUCGUCAGCCUCACGCAGACGCACUCGCCAUCUCUAUAGAGACCGGCAUCACCAACACUGGUAUUGCCAUCUUUCUGCUGCGCUACACACUGCCGCAACCUGAAGCUGAUCUUACCACUGUUGUGCCAGUGUCAGUGGCAAUUAUGACACCAUUCCCCAUGAUGGCGAUAUACAUGUACCAGAAGAUAAAGGCUUGUAUGGGAGUUUCAAAAACCGAAGAGAGCACAAGAAAAUCCUCGAAGAGAGUGACAACAGCUUCGUACCCCCCACCCUCCCCCAGCCCGCAGUCCUCCCUCCCGCUGAUGUCAAGUGAGACCUGAAGGUGGCGCUGCAAACUCUUACCACACACACGCACAUACACACACACAUAUCAUGUUAAAACUGUCUAAAAUAUAAAAC